GCACGGUAUGGGGCUUAACUUCAUCAACUGAACAAUAGCUUGUUUGUUAUACAAAUUAUUUGCUUUUCGUAAUAUCAGAACGCUGACAUGUUUAGCUAAUCACUAUGAUAAGUAGAUCAUGGAAGGUGAAACGAAAAAUAUUGAAAGUGAUGUUGCAAGGAAAAACGAAGAUAAUUCAGAAAAUACACAAAAUGGACAGCCUAACAGUAGCAACUUUAACAAAGACGAACACAAUGCCGCAACAUUCGAAGACGCGAUCUCUGCAACCGGGCUAGGAAAAUACAAUCUACUCUUAACCUUGGCGGUCGUAUUUCCUACAAUUUCGCAAAUGUUAGAGACAUCCAGUAUGUCAUACGUGUUGCCUAUUGCACAAUGUGACCUCAAUAUAAACUUGGAAGAUAUUGGGAUGAUAAUGAGUAUGACGUAUAUAGGAAUGGUUACAAGCGGCUUCUUCUGGGGAUAUUUGAGUGACUCAUAUGGAAGGAAGAUGGUUUUAGUCUUUGGGCUCAUUUUGAAUGGUAUAUUUGGCGUCAUGGGUGCUUUCUCCACAAGUUCAACCAUUCUAAUGAUCUCAAAAGUAUGCGGAGGGCUAGUUUUAGGAGGACCUUUUUCUGCUGCUGUAGUCCACAUGUCUGAGUUCUACCGCAAAGAAUAUCGAAGUUCAGCAAAAUUGCUAUGGGGAGUUAUGGGAAGUGUUGGCAACUUGUUUUUACCAUUGUUGGCUUGGCUGAUCUUAGAUUAUCAUUGGUCAUUCAACGUAGGUGGCCAUGAAUAUCAUACCUGGAACAUAUUUUUAUUGAUAUGUGCUAUGUUUCCGUUAGCUGGGGGUAUUUGCUACAUGUUCAUGCCUGAAAGUCCAAAGUAUCUAAUGAAUUCAGGGAAUAACCAAAAAGCAAUGAAGGUAUUCCAGAAGGUAUAUACGAUUAACACUGGAAGACCAAAAAGUACAUAUCCUCACCAAUGUUUGGCACGGGAAACAAACUCGACUGACGAUAGACCGAUUAAGCGAUCUGCACUUCAGACGAUGGUCGAUGGUAUCAAACAACUAAAGCUUUUCAUGCACAAACCAUAUACGUCAAGGGCUAUACUGGGUUGUACUGCUGCAUUGACAAUGUCAUCAAGCUUCAAUACCAUGAGGAUCUGGCUACCUCAGAUCUUCAAAGCAAUCAACGAUUAUCAGUUGACCCACAAUGGUACCAGUACAGAUAUAUGUAUAAUGUUGAAGUCUUGGCAUGAAGAAGCCGAUAAUCCCGAACAAGUUUGCAUGCAAAUGGAUAGCUCGACUGCCUACAUCCACAGUGGUAUAGUGGCAUUAACAAGGCUUAUAACAUAUAUCGUGGCUACAGCUGCGAUAAAUUUUGUCGGAUCUAAGAAACUGCUUCUGGGUACAUUAUUUGGAACAUCCUUGUUGAGUGGAGCAAUGUAUUUUACACAGACAGCAAAUGCUGUCUUAGUCACAUCUGCUCUUUCUUCUGCGCUCGGAAAUGUGUCAUCGCUGAUGUUUGUCAGCAUUACUGUGGAAAUGUUCCCUACAAGUUUAAGAACAGUAGCAAUAUCUCUUCAUCACACCUGUGCGCGUUUAGCGACGUUAUUGGGCAACAUGGUCUUUCCAUACAUACUGCAAGCUGGGUGCAUCCCAACUUUUUCGUUCGUUGCGCUAGGACCAUUGAUUGCUGGUAUGCUUGCCAUGUUCUACCCUGAUAUGGACAACAAACCGCUGACGUAAAGAACCAAGACAUCUAGUGAUAUUCAGAACUUAUAAGUAAUACAUGUUGGUCUAGAAGCUUGAAAAAAACUCAUACUAUUUGCUUUUUCGAGGAAUUGAUAACACAGGCUAACAAAAUAAAAAAGUGUGGUGUGCUACUUGUUCCCAUGUACUUUAUCAUGCUCAACACAAAUCUGGAGUCACUAGACAAUUAAAAGAGUAAUUCAGACAUGAAAAUCUCAAAUUUUGAAAUUUUUGGUGAAUGUCCAUCUUUUCAUAGGUCUCUGGAAGAUGCAGAUCCAUCAAAAAUACCAAUUUUUUCAUUCUGAUGUCUAAAAUACUUCGAUAUUUCUCCAUCUUCCUCUAAUUUUGAAUCCAGGUUCGCUUUCAGUGGGCAAAUUCAUGAAUUAAAGAUAUAGUGAGACCUCCAGCACACACGACUUUUUUCUGGACCUGUGGGUCGUUUCUGAGCUUUUUCUCUAAAACUUGUCCACCUCCCCCAAUUCUGGCUUCAGAUUCGUAUUAAGUGUGAAAAAAUACUCGGGAAAAGCAUAGUCAUAUCCCAAACACACCCCACUUUUUUUAAUUUUGUGGGCCAGUGAUAAUUCACAGGUCUCUCCCUGUAAAAGUAAAAUACUUGAAUCUGAUAAAUCUGUACCAAAUAAACAUUUUUUUAAUCA